AUGGCACCAUAUGAGGCACUGUACGGGCGAAGAUGCCAAUCUCCUUUAUGUUGGUACGGACCAGAAGAUAAAGGCUACUUAGGACCGGAGUUAGUAAGACAGACCACAGAAGAUAUCAAGAGGAUAAGAGAAAGAAUACGCACCACCCAAAGUCGACAAAAGAGUUAUGCAGAUCAACGAAGAAAACCCCUCGAAUUUCAGGAAGGCGAUCACGUAUUCCUAAAAAUCACCCCCACCACCGGGGUAGGGAGGGCUCUCAAGGUACGAAAACUAAGCCCCCGAUACCUGGGUCCAUUCCAAAUCCUCCGGCGUGUAGGAAAGUCGGCAUACCAGCUUGCCCUACCACCAAAUCUAUCAAGACUACACAACGUGUUCCACGUGUCCCAACUCCGAAAAUACCAGUACGAUCCAAGCCAUGUGUUGCAGCAAGAGGAUGUAACACUCAAAGACGACCUGACCUUUGAACUACCAGCCACAGAGAUUGUAGACAGAAGUACGAAGCAACUAAGGAGCAAGAUGAUACGACUGGUAAAGGUGGCAUGGGGUAGCGGCAAUUCCAGAGAAUACACAUGGGAAAAAGAGGCAGACAUGAGACAGAAGCUCCCGGACUUAUUUACAGGUAACAAUCGUGGUGAGGAUCUCCUUUCUCCCCAACAGUAA